AUGGAGACACUUUUCGCACCCAUUUUCUUCAAUACUCGUUACUCUUCCUCAUCAGCUAUGAUCAAGGUCAAGGUAGAAUUCCUCGGAGGUCUUGAUGUUAUUUCAAACAAAGUCAGAGAGCACCGGUUGACAUUGCCUUUGGAAGAAGGAGAAGCGACCAUGAGGGACGUGAUAGAACACAUUACCAAAGAGAUCAUCGCCGAUGAGAAAGACAUCCCGGUGUUCAUCGAAGAAGGUACAGUGAGGCCAGGAAUCCUUGUUCUCAUAAACGAUACAGACUGGGAGCUAGAAGAGAGGGAGGACUAUGUCGUUGAGGCCGGCGACGUGUUUACUUUCACCUCUACUCUCCAUGGAGGGUAG